AUAUAAGACGCGUCAAUGGCACUGUACAAGAUAAAGAACUCGGUGAUCAUCUCAGAGCAUCUGGAACCAGAACCUGAACUAACCACAAAAAUGUCUGGAGCUGCUGUGUCUGUGUGCCUACUUUUCCUGCUGUCUGUGUGUUCGGCGUGCUACAUCUCCAACUGUCCGAUUGGCGGGAAGAGGUCCAUCAUGGAUGCACCGCUGCGCAAGUGCAUGUCCUGCGGCCCCGGAGACAGGGGGCGCUGCUUCGGCCCCAGCAUCUGCUGUGGGGAGGGUCUCGGCUGCCUGCUGGGCUCCCCGGAAACGGCUCACUGCGUGGAGGAGAACUACCUGCUCACACCCUGCCAGGCGGGAGGGAGACCCUGCGGGUCCGACGGAGGACGCUGCGCCGCUUCAGGACUCUGCUGUGAUGCAGAAAGCUGCACCACGGACCAGUCCUGCCUCGUCGAGGAGGACGGAGACGACCAGGCCAGCCAGUUCGACGGCAGUGACCCCAGCGAUAUCAUCCUCAGGUUCCUGCAUCUGGCCAGCCACAACUCAAACCACCGGAUCCACCAAUGAGCCGCUGCUGCUCGCCCCCAGGUCUCACCGCGAACUCUCCAGCUACAGGGACAAAGUGGGACAUGUAGUUCAUAAUAGUAGCUGUAUUUCUAUGUUUGUCGUCAUCACUCUGAUGCUCUUGCCGCCGGAGUACUUCUGUAGAGUGCCUUUGUCAAUAUAUUUUUCUGUAUGAAAACAGGGAUGAAUACUGGCAGUGGUCAUCCAGAUAUCUGCAUGUAGAAAUAAAGUUUUGAGAGCGUA